CUCAUUUGCGUUCGUUUAUUGAAGUUUCGAGCGCUCUGGCACAGAGUUUAACUGCUCUGCGCUGGCACGUGAUUACGGCGCCGCUUCAGCACGCUCUGCUCUUUGAGCAAAAUACCGAACACAAGCAAUAAUUUCGAACGCACGGUAAGUCACGUCAGAAACGACAUCUCAAAGCAAAGUGUCAACUAUCAAAUCAACAUUACUAAACAAAUUUUAAUGCCAAUUCAUUCCAUAAAAAUACAAAUUCAAACAAAAUAAUUAAAGAAUUUCCAUUCAAUAAAUCAAAAUGAGUUUUGGAUUACCUUCAAUAAAAGCCAAACCCCAACACGCCGCCGAAUAUGGAAUGCCUGAGGGCGAAUAUGGGGUGCCAGAACUACUAAAAACAGGCCUAAGCUCUGCCCGUGAUGCUCUGGACAACGUCCACCCUCUAGCCCAAUCCGAACUAAACUACCGUCAAAAUACAGACAAAAUGAACAUGCAGGUGCUGCGCAACAUCCAAGGCCUGCACGCCCCCUUAAAAAUAGCCAUGGAAUUGAAGGCGGCAAGGAAAAUCGGGCAUUUGCCUUUUUUGAAGUCUUCCAAUGUAAUGCUAGAGUCUUUGACUGGGAGAGAUUUGGAAAUAAGUCCUGAAGAUGUUUUUAAUACUGGAGAAUUUGCCGAGGUAGCAGGACAACCUCAUGCUGUGAUUGAAAAGUCAUUGGGGAUUUUGUAGGUUAAAUUUUUUUCUUAUGUGUUUAAACAAUAAAAUUACUUUAAUUAAAAUA